CUAGACUCUGACAUACUGCUCUCCAGACUAACAACCUCCGCGCCUUUGCUAGUACGACAAUCACCGGCCUUCAGGUGCUCGUGUGAGAAUCAUCCUGGCGGUCGUGAGCGUCAGCAUGAAUCAACUUGCGACCCAUCCCAGCUACUCAUUAUCGCACGUACGCGUUGUAGUGUCUCGUGCAUUACUCGCUAUCACAUUCCUUGUUGCCGCUGCGAUCUUACUCCUCUCGGUCUCUCCGGGACUCCGGCUGGCUGAGCGGCGAGCAGAACGUGUGGCUGAUGGCCGUGAGCGUGGCUAUAGCGAGUACGGCGGUCGUCGAGUGCGGAGACUGGAGGACGAGGAGGCGGCGUUCAACGCGAGUUUCGAUUUCAGCCGCAACGAGACGUGGAAGGAGGGCUUCUUCAACAUGACCACCGAGAUCCAGAAGUGGCGCGCUGGCGGUGGCUGUGAGCGGUUUCGCGCGCGCUUCUCGGCGCAGCUGCACGUGGACCUGCUGCAAGACGACGACCCCGCCACGUGGCCCCCCAACCCCUCUCUGCAGCCUCUGUCGCUGCCCGACUGCCCACGGCUGCAGCGGCGGCAUGUGAGCGUGCUGGUGAAGGCGCCCUUCGUGUGGUUCGGGCAGCGCUUUGGCAACCGCAUGCACCUGGAGGGCACGCACUCCUGCCAGCAGUGCGGCCUCUCGUGCACCUUCUCAUGGCAGCCCCAGGUGGUGCGUGAACCGGACGUGCUGCUGUUUGUGCGCCAGUACGGCCCGCUCAAGGAGGACGACCAGAAGGCCAUGGACGCCCUCACCGCCCUGCCCGCGCACGAGCGCCCGCUGCUGGCGCUGCUGGACCCGGAGGCGGCCCCUGAGGGCGCGGUGGUGCCGGGGCGGCAGAUCUUCUCGCCGUGGGUGCCCAUGGAGCAGCAGGCGCGGUGGGACCUGCUGGUGGGAUACCACCGCGACUGCGACGUGCAGAUCACCUACGUGGGCAUGAACGAUGACGAGGCGCGCAAGGACCUCGUGUCGCCCAUCAAGCUCGCUGGCGUGCCGCUGUACCGCGCGGGGUCGCACUGCUCGGUGUCGUGGCGCGAGGCGAUGGUGAAGGACAUUCUGCGCGUCGUCCGCCACCACUCGUUUGGGCGCUGCCAGUUCAACAUGCACCGCAUCUCAGAGCUCAUUGCCCACCCCACGUGCCGGACGCCCAUGGACAAGUGGACGGCGCGCGUGCACUGUGUGGAGUCGCGGUACAAGUUUGCCAUCGCGGUGGAGAACAGCGAGAGGGAGGGGUACGCCACCGAGAAGCUCUUCAUCCCCUUCGACGCCGGCACGGUGCCGGUGUACUACGGAGCGCCGGACGUGGCGCACGUAGCGCCGCCCGGGUCGUACAUUGACCUGCGGGCGUUCCCCAACAGGACGGCCGUGGGCGACCUCAUCAACCGCCUCGACGCCAACGCCACGCUGUACCUGGACUACCAUGCAUGGCGCAUCUGCAACAGCAGCGGCAGCCUCAAGCACGCCGCCGCCCUCUCCAUCCUCACACUGCCGUGCCGCCUCUGCCUCAAGGCAGCCCUUCUGCUCGCAGACAAACAGAGAGCAACAGCGCCAGGGGGGACGCCUUCCCCUUCCUCCCCCCACUCCUCCGCCUCGCCUCCCCCCUCUGCUGCUCCUCCUUCCUCUGUGCCUCAUGCCUCUACUCCCCCACCUGCCCCUCCUCCGCUUCCACCUGCUUCCCCUCCCACCUCCACUCCACCCCCCUCCCCUGCUGUGUCGCCCCCCCCUGGUCUCGCACCAUCGCCACCGUAGCUCCAUGCCUUCUGCUCUGCAUGGGGUACCUCUAGCCCUUGCAUGGCAUCAUGGCCUCGACAGUGCGAUCGCCUGCUGUGGGCAAGCCAGCGCAUAACGCUGCACGUCGUGCCUUACCUUGCAGGUCAAAAAUGUUGGAGGCGUACCGGUAUUUGGGGCUUUGAGGAAGCUGAAGUGAAGUAUGGAUUCGGAAGAUGUUUUCAGCUGGGCCUUGGGAGGGGCUUGAAACCAUUUUCUGGGGGGGAAAGAGUAAACGACUUCAUGCUAUAGAAUGUGCACGUGAUAUUCCAAUUUAGUAAAUGAGAAGCGAUGUACAGAUUAUGGCAUUUAGAAGAAAUGCGGGGGUCUUGG